AUGGCAUCACACAGAAAGACAGGCGCGCUCAAGAAGCCGGCGGCCAAGGCGAAAACAAAAAAAGCCGAUGGCAAGGCCUGCAAAGGAAAAGGAAAGAAGGCAUUGACCGCGCCCGUACUGGGACUCCCGCCCGAAAUCGUCCUCCUCAUCGACAAACUGCUCGAGCUGCCCGACCGCCUCGCCUUUGGCCGCGCGAAUCGAUGGUUUUUUUCUAUCAUUAAUCCCGUCUUAUAUCGCGAUAAUGUAAAGCUAGCGUCUGCCUCGUCGCUCUUCUGGGGCGCCGAAAACGGCCAGUUGGGCACCCUCAAGCACGCGCUCGCAGCAGGCGCCGAUUUGAACACACCCGGGGCAAUCCCCCGGAAAGCGGGCGAGCCCGACACGAACGACACCGAAAAUGAGACCGACGCAAACGCCGAUGCGGACCCGGAGUUUGAGGAACCCGUCAUCGACCCACGCCUGCAGCCCUCGUGCACCCCGCUCCACCUCGCGGCCAAGAACGGUCAUCGGGACAUUGUGGAAUGGCUGCUCGACAACGGCGCCGAUAUCGAUGCGCCCUCCUACCGCGUUUGCGAAUGCCAGUCUCUCAAAUCCAGCCGACACCCCACGCGCCGCCUCUCAGAAUGGCCACGCUGGCGCGCCCUGCACACCGCCAUGUGCAGUCAGGAACGCAUUGUGGCCGAGCUGCUGCUCCAUCGCGGGGCUUCGCUUGAGCUCGACGAGGCCACUACCCACAAGCAUACCGCUCUUCACUCGGCGGCCGCCCACGGUCUGAUUCCCGUCAUCAAACUCCUUGCGCUCAGCGACCUCAACCUGGAUGUCAACCAGCGCGAUGAGUGGGGCAACACGGCCUUGCACUACGUCUCGGAGAUUUGGAGCGCGCGCGACUCGGCGGACAUCCGAGACACCAUCACGAAACUGCUCGCGCUUGGCGCGGACCUUGAAGCUCACAAUAAUGAGGGCCAUACGCCGCUAUUAAAUGCGUGCUAUCGGGGCAACUACGCUGUCGCCCACCGUCUGGUCAACAUUGGCGCCAACCCGGAUCCUCAUCGUCACAUUCCCAACUUCCGCGACUACCGUCCGCUAUACUACUGCAUGCUCCAGCGAUCCGAGUUUUUCGACAUGGACGAUGCGCCGGUUAAGCACGACGAGUUUGAGGGCAACCGGGUUACCCUGAUCAAGGCUCUGGUUGAGGGCGGUGCUGAUGUCAACGCCAAAUUUGACAAGCGCGGUCACCGCGGCGUAACUCCGCUGAUGCUGGCUUGCGAGCUGGCCGAGCCCCGCGCUGUCGCCGCUCUCGUCCAAUGCGGCGCUGAGAUCAACGCACAGGACCGCAACGGGAGGACACCAUUAUGCUACGCCGUGACCGUCCGAGUUGACCACCGCGGGGAAGUGCCGGAAAUUGCUUCGAUUAUGCUCCGCCACGGUGCGCGCAUGGACAUUGAGGAGGAGCCUAACAGUAGUCCCCUCGACACCGCUAUUAAGCAUAUCCGGUGGGCGGAGGACGAUGUGCUGGAAGCAAUGCUGACGGUGGCCGAUAAGACAAACCUGACACAUAGCAAGCUGAAGGAGGCCCUGAAGAGCUGUGCUUCAUGCGGGAACCACAAGGCACUCAAGCUGCUACUCAGCUUCGCGGACCGGGUGUAUCAAGUCACCGAUGCCGACGUGAAGGAAUAUAUCUGCCGCAUCAUCGAGCAAAGCGACCCAUGGAACCAGAUCGAGACGUUCAACUGCAUGAUGGAAUUCGGGCGGCCCGUCUUCACCAACGAGGUUCUGCUGCUCAAGACCAUCAUGCAGCAGAACCGUGACCUGAGCCUCGCCGUUUUGGAGCGCGGCGUCGCCGUCAGCGAACAGCGCUUCCACGGCGAUCAGACAUACUUGCAUCUAGCUUGCCCCUGGGGCAAUCUGGAGGUCGUGCAAGCCUUGUUGGAGCGUGGUGCCGAAGUCGACGUGUUUGACCGAGAGCUCCGCACCCCGUUGUCCAUUGCGGUGCGCGAGAACCAGUUCAACAUCGCGGUAGCCCUCAUGAAAGAGGUUGCCGACCCGUUCCUGACCCCCCCAGACGAGCUGCUCCAAGAGCUCUAUUCUGACGAGGAAGAUCCGGACGAGUGGCGCUUCGUCAAGCGGCACUACCUGACUGCCUUUGACCUCGCCAUCCGCGACGACCGCGUCUCCAUCAUCCAGGACAUCGUCGGGCGCUACGCCCUACCCAAUAUCCCGCCGCGCACCCGCUUCAGCUAUAUCCACCGUGCGGCGCAAAACCCCAACUCGGCCAUCCUCAAGCUCCUGCUCGACCGCGGCGCCGACCCCAAUGGUGGCGAGGACUGCCCUUGCCCGCCUUUUGUCUCGCUCAUCCGCCGUGUUUGGGACGCGCCACAACUGCCUGAUUCGGCUAUCAGCCUGCUGCAGACGGCGAGGAUGAUACUAGACGGGGAUAAGGUGCGCAUGCCGCAUGAGUUGAUAAAGGAGAUCGCACUACACGAGUCGGACGAUCCGGACAGGCAGGAGAUACGCAAGGUGUGCAUGCGGGAGCUCAGGAUCCGGGUCGACUUGGAUUCAAAAGUUGCGACGGCGUCGCUGGCUGCGUCGUUGGGUGAUGAUGCGUCGGAGUAA